AUGGAUGAUAAUAUAGAAUUGAUUGAUGUUGUUAUUAUUGGCGCAGGAUUUACUGGUCUUUCAGCUGCAAAAUAUUUCUCUUCGAAAUCUAUAAAAACUCUCAUUAUAGAAGGUCGAUCACGUGUUGGUGGCAGAACAUUAAGUCAUAAAAUAACUGAUCAACAAUGGAUUAUUGAUUUAGGUGGACAAUGGAUUGGACCAGAUCAACAUCGAAUAUUAUCAUUUAUAAAAGAAUAUAAUCUUGACUUAAUUGAACAAACAUGGCAUCAUCAUCAACCAAAUUUUUUAGGUGAAAAUCUUGGUUUAAUACCAUUAAAUAAUAAACAAAUUGAAAAUAUUAUUGAAAUUAAUUCUCAAUGGGAUCAUAUGGCUUUAGAAUUAUCAUCUGUUGAAUGUGCUUUGGAAUAUCAUAAAUCAUUUCAAUGGUCAAUUAUUUCUGUUCAACAAUUUAUUGAAGAACAUCCAUUAGCAAAUCAAGAUUUAAGAAUUCAACAAGAAUUAAAACUUCAAAUAUUAACAUUAACUGCAUGUCAUUCAAAUAAACUAUCAUUGUUAUAUUGGUUAAUAUUGAUUCGUUCAAUUCCUCGAGGUUUAACAGCACUUGAUGAUGGCAUUAAUGGUGCACAACAUUAUAAAAUAUCUCAUGGUAGUCAAAAUGUUUGUUUUGAAAUGAGUAAAACUGAAAAUAUUCGUUUAAAUGAUCCAGUUGAAUCUAUUAAUUAUGAAUUACAUGAUAAUAUAUUAAUUAAAAUGUUAUCUGGUUAUAAAAUAAAAUGUCGUCGUCUUCUUCUUGCAUUUUCUCCAACAUUAUUAUCAACAAUUAAUUUUCUUCCAUCAUUAUCAUUAACAAAUAAUUGUCCGAUGAUAAUGGGACAAUGUAUUAAAACAGUAUUUAUUUAUUCGAAACCAUUUUGGAGAAAUAUUUCAAUUAAUCAAACAGAUCAACAAGGACCUUGUUCAAAUAUAUUUGAAUCAAAUAAUCCUCAUGCACUUAUUGGAUUAAUAUUAGGUGAUGAUGCAGUAUUUUGGAGUGAUAAAAAUGAAGAUGAAUUAAUUCAAGCAAUUAUAAAACAAUAUGAAAUACUUUAUAAUAUGAAUGAAAUACCAAUGAAUACAUUUGUUCAAUAUUGGACGAAAGAAAAUUUUAGUAAAGGUUGUUAUGCUGCUGUUUAUCCACCUAGUUCUUCUUCAACAUGGAUAGAUAGAAGAAAAGCUUUAGUUGAUAAAAGAAUUUGGUUAGCAAGUACAGAAAUGGCUUUAGAAUGGGUGGGUUAUAUAGAAGGUGCAAUUGAAGCUGGACAAAGAUUUGCACAAGAGAUUUCGAAUUCAUUUUAA